AUGGCCUCUCUAGAAGGUAACUCAUCUAUUAUCAAUACGUGGAUCGAUUCAGAGACCGGCUUGCCUCAUUUCUCGCGCUUUACACCCGAUAACCUCGAGACGCGAACCGUCGCAGCAACCCAGCUCUAUCACGAUGGGUUUUACCGUACAAUCAUGGCAGCUUCUGCUGCAUUACGCGUACCCUACUAUCGGUUACGGUCUCGUAUUCAAGGCAAUCAUCCAAAGGCUACCAAUGGAGGCAACCGUACACUUCUUUCACCGGAAGAAGAGAAGGAGGUACUAUGCUGGGCGCAUCGCCGCAUCACACAAGGCCACCACAUCCAGCAACGCUCCUUACAACAACAUGCCAACGCGAUACUCAAAGCUACGGGCCGAGGUAAUACUACAGAUAGUGGGUCAUGGGCUCGACGAUUUAUAAAACGCUACAAACAAUAUUUCCAUCGUCGAAAGGCAGUUGCCCGAGACGCAAAGCGUAAAGUCAUGCAAGACCGUGAAGUCCUCUCUCGAUUCUACCAAGACUGGAAUAGACUUUCGGGAUACGGUCUCGAUUACUGCUAUAGAGUCAAUCUCCGCGACCGGCAGCAGUAUCCCUCCUUUCCUCAUCCUUCCAGGGACACAGAUCCCGGGCUACGUCAACGAUAUCCUUGCGGCCUUGCCCUCGAAUUCAUCGACCACUUCGAGCGUCACACCCGGCCCCAAGUCCCCGAAGAGGAGCGCCUUGUCUUAAUGGACGGCUGCGAGAACCACUUUACAUACGAAUUGGUGCAUUUUUGCUACCAACACAAUAUACAGCUGUUCCAGUUACCGCCUCAUGUGACUCACCUACUCCAGCCGCUUGACGUUGGGGUCUUUGGUCCCUACAAGCACUGGCAUCAACAAGUGCUAUAUCGUGAGAUUGCAAACGGAGCUACUAACUUCAACAAGACCGACUUCCUUUUCCAUCUUCAAGAGAUGCGUAACCGAACCUUUAAGCGGCCUACGAUCCUAUCAGCCUGGGAGAAAUCUGGUCUCUUUCCAUUCAACCCAAGCGUCGUCCUCGACCAGUUGCAAGAUGCGUUAUCCUCAUUAACCGACUCUGUCCGCGAACGAGAACUCCCUGGGUUCGUUGAGGAAGGCACGCCAAUAGAUGACGAUAGUAGUAACGAGGAUGCAUUCGAAAAUAUGCGCUCUACACCACAGACGCCAACUUCUCGAUCGAUCGAAGCGGUUCCAGGCGGUAGAGGGCCAGCAACGCCCGUUACAGUCCAUCGUAUUGACUGGAAGACCCUCAAAACACCACGGCUAAAUCUUCACGACAUCCACAAAUGCCAUGAAUUCAUCAGACUACGAAUAGACCUCUCUAUUGCAUCAGGUACGCCUAUUACGCCGUCAGUUGCACACGUACAGGGAAAAGAAAUUCGGGCCAUUAACCGUCCACGAUUCGAGACUACGUGUCGCAAAGACGAAUACAACCGACUGGCUGCACAGGCUGACGAGGCACGAAGGCGGCUUAAAAAGGAAGUCCGUGAAGAGGCUGCGUUUUUGCGCCGCUGGGUUAGGCAGGUUAAGGGUACCUGCCGAGAUAGUAUCUCGAAGUCAUCAAACAAGCAGCUACGGCUCCUUGGCCGCGACAAACGAGGUCUUCGAAGCUACAUGGAUAGUAUCGAGUCGAUAUGUUACCAAUACGCCGCUUUCCGUGCCCUUGGCAAUCCAGAUCGAUCGACUGACUGUCCUUUCGCUUGGAUAUGGUACAAUGACAUUACGUACACUCGAAGCAGCGUUCUUACUUGGCCCAAAGACUACGAUCGCGAGGUCGUACAGAAAGCCGUUGAAUUGGUUAUCUUAGAGACCCAAGAGAGGUCUACAGCACGCUUACGUUUGAAGUUGACGGAAUUGAGAUUACUGAAGAGAUCGUUAUUGACGGGCUAA